AUGUCGACAACAGCUGCCGCAGCAGCUGGUGAGAAUCCCUUGCAUGCCGUCCUUACCGAAAUGCUCUCGGAUGCGCAUGGAGGGUUCGUGAAGCAGACACGCGUGACGCCUCACCAAGGCAAUUGGAGGACACGGCAGGUGAUUCGGGAGUUGAAGGGAAUUAAAUCAGUGGAAGAUCUUCUUUCGACGGAGGAAGAGAUUCGAGGGGUCGUCAGAAGCCAGGAGACAAGAUGCCGUGUGAAACUUUUCAACGCCUUCUUAUCUGGUCAAUAUCUUAUGGAGGAGAGGGCAUCGGUGCACGCGGAGGAGGAGCGCUGCCGCCACACCUUGACGUGUGUGGCUCUCUCUGUGUUACACAAUGAGGCCAGCCUACUCUCCCUUGUUGGACAUGAAAUGUAUGGAAGAUAUUUACUUGUGAUGGCAUGGAAAGGGGACAGAGUGAAGUUCAGGAAAUGCCAUAAUUUGGAAGUCUUAGUACUAAAGGAGCAAGGCCGUCGUCGAUUCCUGACGCAAGCAGAGGGCAUAGACCGCAUGGAAACUGAACGGAGGUGCUUUCUGGCAGUGAGUCGUGAAAUUGACAUGGAACUUCAGCUUCAAAUAUUUUAUCGGGUUACUUCUGCAGCCCGUAUCAAACUUUCCAAGUUUACGCUUGACCUUGCGCUACUCACUGCGGACGAAGAGCGCGAGCGGUGUUCUUUGGAAAAACUGUAUUUGCUUAAACUUAGUUUGCUGGCAAAUGACCAAGAAAAUGCUGCAGCACGUUUGGUUGUUACUUCAGUCAUGCGGGCCUCCCUUAUGCGGCGGAAGUUACAAGAUGAUGCUCAGUGGCGGGAGCACGCCUCAAGGUUUAUCUUAUUGCCUGCUAAAGAGCUCGACAUUCGUUGCGUCAUUGAAAGAAAAGAAAUGGAGGAGCGUCAGACACUUUGGGUGACUUUCUUAACGACGUGGCGCGAUGUAUUUAAGCGUACAAUGAUCUCGGAAGAGGGUGCUGCUAUUGUAGAACGACUUGAACUGUACGAACGACGUUGUGUAUUUGAUCAGUGGCGGUUUGGUUUUAACGCACUUCACGAGAGACAGGAACGCGAUAAACGUGUUCUUGCAUGCCACGAGGCUGCUUGCGAUUGUUUCUUGCAAUAUGUUGCUGAUACGCUUUCUGCCUUGUGGAGAGAAGAAAGCGAGCAUUUUAAUGGGCUACGUAAGCGGUACUCGGAAUUUGUCUGGUCAAGCCGUAUGCUUCGAGCCACGACUGUGUUGGAUUUUGAAGAGCGUGCGGCGCGCCAACGCAUUAACGAGGGUGAGGCACGGGAAGUAAUAAAGGCGCGUUCCUUGCUUUAUAUUUGCCACUGCAAAGAGGCUGCAAUGCGGGGAACCGUGUCUAUUAUGGAGAUGGAAAAUGCCUGCCGUCUUUCUCUGAUGCAGUGGCACAUGCGGGCUGUGGAGGAUGCCGGCUUUCAACAUUUGCUCCAUGAGGAGGAGUGUCUUCGUCUUGAUAUUGAGUUUGAGGCCCGCAGCGCGUGGUCAGACAUUGUCCUGCAGGAGAGUGCGCCGCGUGGUCGCUCCGUAAGCUUGUUAGAGAGCUUAGAAGACGCGCAGCGUGCGCUUUACGUGAGGGAGGAACAUCGACACUUUACGAAUCACAAGCUGGUGUCGUUAAUGUAUGUAGAACAGAGUAAACGAAGACUUCUCCGCGAGGAGGAAGUGGAAGGUCGUGUGGGUCUUUACGCCUCUGUUUUGGCGCAGGUGGAGGCAUGGAACCGAUUGGAACUCCAGGCCGAAAGCCAACACAACUUUCUGCGCAUUUUACUCAGCGCCGCAGAGCACCGUGAGCAUGUCGAGCGGGCGGUCUUGGGUGUGUGUGAACACGAGAGACGUGAAUUUAUUUUUGGUAGUUUUGAUUACGCUCUUCCAUACUUGCGGAGCUGCGAGGUGGAUGAGUUGGAUGCCCGACUAGACAUUAUUAAUGAGGCUGAGCUCACUGUGGGUGCAUUGGCGUGCAGAUGGGGACGAAGCUGCCGUCUGGCGUACUGUUCAGAGGAGCUCCGCCUAAGCCAAUGCAUUCUGCGUUUCAUGUCUUUAACAGAACUGCUUCAGUGCCAUGAAGUGGAGUUGCUGGGUGUCGUUGAGCCGCUGUCUCGAAGGGCGGUUAUCGACAGGGAAGCAUUAGAGCGGUUACUCCUGUUGGUGGAGGCUCAUGAAGAGCGAGGUCGAAUGCGGAUUGAAAAGGCAGCCACUGAUGCCUACAACGCCACUCAAGACUUGUUUGACCGCCUGCUUUCGCGUGCAGAUGAAUGGCGUACGAGAGGCGUAUUGCGAGAGCCCGUUAUUCUCACUGGAAGGGAGGCUCUCAUCGACUACUUUCGUUGUCAAGAGACAUUUGUGGCGGUUCGUCUUCGAGCCCAACAGGAGAAAGCCAGAGAAUUGCUUGGGUCAUUCCUUACCGAUUUUUACUGGGGACGUGAUACCAUUGUGGUGGAGGAAUUUAUUGGGCGUGAAGGCAUUAUGGGGUCUCUUCUUCGACCACAUCUUCCCUCAUGUGUGGUGGGGCAGGAGUCUGGCACGCAGUUGACCGUUCGCCUUUACAGUAUUGCUUUGAUGACAAACGAUGCGUUGCGGUCGUUAUUCAUCAAAGUAUAUGACUCUGUGGAUGAUGUGGGAGUAACAUGCGAGCUGCAUGAGGCACAAUCCUUGAUUGCCGCCGGCCGCGUCUUUCGUGUCUGCUUCCCUCUACGUCUGAUGAAGUGGGUUCGACCCCUGACGAACGAGAGCAAUGUGCUCUACUUUGAGGUCAGAGAUAACGAGGGAAAUGUGUUUACGACUGCCUCUCUAUUUCUUAGAAGUGAAGAGUUGAAGCUUGCCCCUGGUGCCACAGUUGUACCAGUUACCACAGACGACAAACAUGGCAAGAUGAACGUGGUCCUUCAUGUACAUUAA